AUGUCACCACAAGGCGUAAAAAUUGCCAAGACCAUUGCUGCCACGGCUGCAAUUACUCUAGUCUUUGCUUCCAUCUUCCUCUUCUUGUACUUCAAAUUCUACGUUUCUCGUCGCCGUCGAGAAAAGAACAAGGUGAACGGGAGCUUUCGUCGAGAGGAUGUUGCGAUGGCUAGUCAUCAAGAGUUGAAGAAAUCAUGUAGAAAUGUUAAGGAAAUGAAUGAUUAUGGAAAUGGGAUGGAUUCUUUGAGCCUAAGGAAACUAGAAGGUGGGCAAGUCAAGACUAAUUUCCCAAAAUUUGUGUUUAAUCCGAGUUACAAUGGAGAAGAGGAGGAGGAGGAGGAGGAGGAGGAGGCUGAAGAGAAGAGAGUGGACGCUGAGGGAGAGAAAAACCGCGAAAAGUUUAAGCCUCAGGAAGCUCCAUUAUUGCUCCAUGAAUUGUCAUCUGAUCUCAUAGUUUGUGAUGAAGUUGGGAAACCUGUUGUGCAUAGUCCAACUUCAUCACAAUCUUCUGAAGCCUCUUUUACACUAACCCCACCUAUAGUGCCUAAAAAGCUAACCCCAUUAUCACAAGUUACUAAUAGUCUUACACCUCCACCACCACAACGUUCCCCACCUCCUCCACUGCCGCCACCUCCACCGCCACCACCAGUGCCACCGCCACUUCCAUCAAGAGCGAAACCUCCACUGCCGCCCCCAAUAACUACACCGACUGGUUGGAUAUCGUCGCGGAGAACUCCAAUUGCUACCAAUGGGAGAGCAACUAAGAGGAACAACAUUAGACCAGAAGCAGCUUUAACAGAAGAGAGCUCAAAUGGGAGCAAUAUUGUUGGGCAAGUGAAACUGAAACCGUUGCAUUGGGACAAGGUCACGGCAGAUGUUGAUCACUCCACGGUCUGGGACGAAAUCAAUGAUGGCUCACUGAGAUUUGAUGAUGAACUAAUGGAAAACCUAUUUGGUUACUCCACAACAAACCGCCAAUCUUCCGAAAGAAACAACAUUUUCACAGCUUUCACCAAAUCAUACUCAAGCCCUCCAACUCAAAUCUUCAUUUUGGACCCCAGAAAGUCUCAGAACACAGCAAUUGUCCUAAGAUCUCUCGCCACCUCUCGUCGAGAAAUCCUCGAUGCCCUCGUAGAUGGCCAGGAGCUCAGCCUUGAGACCCUCGAGAAGCUCACCAAGAUAUCUCCAACACAAGAAGAGGCAUCCAAGAUCCUCAACUUCAAUGGCAACCCGAGUAAGCUUGCCGACGCAGAGUCCUUCCUCUACCACAUCCUCAAAUCUGUUCCCUCUGCGUUUACGCGCCUCAACGCGAUGCUGUUUCGAGCAAGCUAUGAUCCUGAAAUCCUCCACUUCAAGGAGUCCCUCCAAACUCUUGAAUUGGGUUGUCAGGAGCUAAGAUCUCGCGGCCUCUUCCUUAAGCUCCUCGAAGCCAUUCUCAAGGCAGGCAAUAUAAUGAAUGCCGGAACUUCAAGAGGCAAUGCACAAGGAUUCAAUCUCAAUGCUCUGAAGAAGCUCUCUGACAUAAGAAGCAACCAUGGUAAGACUAGUUUGCUUCACUUUGUUGUCGAACAAGUUGCUCGGUCGGAGGGAAAACGCAAUCUGAUUAACGAAAAUUACCAAAACAGAAUUAGUACUAAUACUAAUCAAAGAACACAAAACGUAGAUAUUACUCUCAAAAAAGAAGAGAAGGACAAAGAGUACUUAUUGUUGGGAUUGCCAAUGUUAGAAGGCCUAAGUAAAGAGCUAUCCAAUGUAAAGAAAGCAGCUACAAUAGACUACGAAAGUUUCUCCACCACUUGUAACAUUCUAAGCUCAAAAGUAGCCGAGAUUCGGAGACUUUUAUUGGGCUGCAACGACGGCGACGACAAAGGUUGGUUUGCGAGGGAAAUGAAAGGAUUUUUAGAGGAGUGCGAGGAGGAGAUAAAGGUGGUGAGAGAAGAGCAGAACAGGGUUUUGGAGAUUGUGAAAAGGACGACAGAUUAUUACCAAGCCGGGGUUUCGAAGGAAAGAGGUGUUAAUCCGUUUCAGCUGUUUGUUAUAGUCAAGGAUUUUCUUGACAUGGUUGAUCAAGUGUGUGUGGAAACUUGUCGCAAGAUGCAGAAGAAGGUCAACGUUACGAGUACUAAUGGUAUUGCAGGGUCGGGUUUGUCGACGUCGCCGCCACUUUCUCUGUCGACGAGGUUUUCGAAUUUCAAGUUUCAUUUCAUGUCGGACAUGUCCCUGACGUCUUCGGAUAGUGAUUUGGAAGAUGAGUUCUGAAUUGCAGGCAGGGACGGCGUUGCUGUGUAGGGGAUUGAAUAACAAGAGAAAACGAAGAUGUGAUUUUUUAUUUUAU